AGUGUCCGGUGAAGAGUCGGAGGGAGGGGAGUGUUUCUAGCGGAGCGCGCACUGGCUGCCGCUCCGGACGCUUCUGUGAUAGGUGUUUCCGUCCGCUAGGGAUAACGGACAGCUGUGAUUGCCCUAGUGGACAGGGGAGCUCAGUGCGGAGUUUGUGAGUGGAGUGGAGUGAUAGAGUGAGUUCGUCUGUGGUGGGCGCAGUGUGGGACCGGACGCCUGGGAGCGGCGCGUAGCGGUCUCUUAGGAGCGUGUGGGAGUCGCGGAGGAGGCGAUACCAUCUGUGGUGGCGCGCGGGCGACCUCAGGCUCUGGCCGCGUCCACAGACGCCAUCCACAGCGUCCUCAGCGGGAGAGCGAGCCUGUCCAGCGCGGCUGGACGCUCCACAGGGGGGCAGCGGACGCUCCGCCGCCCAGCGCGGCGCCCCGGGGCGAGUCUGACCCGGUGCGUGAUCCGUCUGACCUCCCACGGACCGCCCGAGGGCAUUUGUAGCGCAGCAGAUCACCCCAGGAAGCCACAUAAUCUCGGCGUGAGAUCACACGACGUUGCUUUGUUGCGGUUGAUCUCACCGCGGGGCUUCAGCUUCUAGCUCGAAGAAGAGAGGAUCUCAAAUCAAGUCGGGAAUGCAGCGCAGGUGACCGAGAGGUGAACAGGAAGGACCAUGGCGUCCGCCGACCCGCUGCGCCGGCCCGUGUACGGCACCGGCGCCGGCAGGCUCAGGGACUUCUCCUCCAUCAAGUCCGCCUUCGAGGCCGCACCGACCUCGCCCGUUCGUGAGCCGGAAUGGCGCACCAAGCACCCCAGCUCGACCAGCGCCGUCAGUCCGGCCGGCAGCGGCUCCUCCGUCGGCGCCGGAUCGCACAAAGUCACCGAGAUGGCCACCAUCUUCCAGCGCGGCCGGACGGCCACCAGCUCGGCGCCGCGCCGCGACAAGAGUCUGGAGCGCGACGCGGCGCUGGUCCGCUCCGAGAGCCACCUGGCCCGCUUCAACAGCGCGCGCGCCAUGUUUGAGAGCAUGACCGAGCGGCCCGUGGAGCGGCGCCAGAGCGCCAAGGAGCGCUCCCGGCCGGCCGCGCAGGGGGGAGGCGCCUCCUCGCGCUCGGCGUCGGCCGCGUCGCGCCUCAGCUCGCGCUCGCCGUCGCCGCCGUCGGACGGCCGGCGGCUGAGUGAGGGCAGCUCGGGCAGCUCGGGCCGGGCCAGGGGCGAGUCGGAGCCGCCGCCGAGCGCCUGUUUCCGAUCGCAGAUCGGUCGGAUCGGCUCCGGGGGGCGGCAGCUGGGGCCGGCAGAGAGACUGGCUAACAGGGAACGGGCGGCCAACGGCAACGGCCACACCCGCGCUCACGUGACCAACGGCGUGGUGAAGGAUCGCAGUCACGUGAUCAACGGAACGACAGACGUGAAGAAGUCGUUCAACAGCGUCUCAAAACUGAACUCCGACUCGGACUCAAACAGCAAGAUAGACACGCCCACAAAAUCACCCUCCAGCUCCAAAGACACCGUGCCAGACGGUGUGACCAUCCGUAGUCACGUGACCAGCUCCCCACGGGUCACCCGUCCGGUGAGCGGGCCGCCGUCUGUGUCACGUGGUCUGGACGAGAUCCCCACCCGCGGACCGAGCUGUGCCGACGACCAGGGCUCGGCGUCCUCCGGCGAGCGGCGGGCGCUCUCCAGCCGGGAGCUGGUGAACCGCCAGAAGAACUGGAUCUCGCACUUUACCACGCGCCGCGGCGAGCGGGAGGCGGCCUCUCCGGAGCGCCAGGAGCAGCGGAGGCUGUCCGAGCCGGGCACGGCGGCCGUGGGCAGCGCCACCAGCCCCAACGCAGGUCGCAGCUAUGUCCGUCCCGCUGAGAAGCCGUACGUGGAGCGAAGUCCGUCGGCUCCCCAGCAGAAGUACCGCCCGGAGCCCAGCGCUGCCCCGGCCCCAGAGCCGUCCCCUCCGCAGUCCCGGACCGGCGUCGGACACUCCCCGGAGGCCUCCCCGCCGCGUCAGACCCGCGACAUCACUCCCGGGGAGUCGAGCCCUCCGCGGAGUCACUCCCAGAGGCCGACUCACGAGCCGCCGCCGCCGCCGCCGCCGCCGGCUCUGCUCAGCCCGCAGACCCCGCGCGCUGCAGACACCCCGGCGUCGCCCGAGACGAGUCCCGAGUCGCUGUCACCCUCGCUCGGGUCGGCGGACAGGUCGGGCCCCGCUCCGCCGCGGGAGUCGUUCAGCUCUCAGCUGGGCUCCCCGCCGGCUGGAUUAGUCAGCGAGACGCGCCGAUGGCUCGAACUCGGUCUUCCUGUGGAACAGAUGCCAACACCCCAGCUGUUCCCUCCGGCUCCGGCGCGUCCUCCCAAACCGGACAGCCUACGCGCUCCUCCGGCCGAGCCGUCCUCCCAGGACUCCCCUCCUCCUCCUCCGCUCCUGCCGGCCACAGAGUCCAGCUCGGAGGACUCGCUCGAUCAGGUGCCGUCGAGAGAUGUGGCGUCGGCGGCGCUGCGGCAGCUGGAUCGCCUGGUGUCGGGACCGGAGAGGGAGGUCUCCCCUCCACCGCCGCCCCCGCCGGGGCAGGGUGGACGGGAGGGGCUGUGGGGGAUCGGACGGGAACAGGAUCGCGCCGUGGAGGAGGGCAACAGCGGCGACAUCGAACAGCUGCAGUUUGACUCUUCCCCCGAAUCAUGUGACGGCCCAGAGUCAAUGACUCUGGCCGAGGCGGACCAGUUUCUCAGCUCUCGAAUCGCCGAUAGGAGGGAACACUCAAAGGAGCUCCUCUCCGAGUCCCAAGCUCAGGAGGCAGAACGACUCCUGGCGGCGGCCAACCAAUUGGAAAACAGAAUCCACCUCAAUGGCCAAUCAGCAUCAGCCAUUGACACCGACGACCAAUCGCGUGAGCGGCUGCUGGGCUCUGACCAAUGGGAGGCUGAGCAGCACUCGCCGGCCGAGUGCGACCAAUCACCGCCAGCUGACGUCAUCACCGGCAGCCAGCGACAGGAGCGACUGGUCUCCGAAGAGCUGACACUGGAAAUUGUCUAUGAUGAUGAGUCACCCAGAGUCGUCUAUUUUGAGGAGGUUCUGGUGAAGGACGGCGUGCAUUUCCUGGAGGACGGCCACUACUGGGAGGAGGGACUGCCCCUCUCCGGGGAGGAGCCCGAACCGGAGCUGGUGCCCACCAAGGUGUUCAAGCCGCCCUCCAAGGUGUUCUUCAGCCGAGACCCGGUCAGGAUCUACAGCACGUUUACGUCUAGCGAGUACGACCGCAGGAACGAGGAUGUCGACCCGGUGGCCGCCUCGGCAGAGUACGAGCUCGAGAAACGUGUGGAGAAGAUGAACGUGUUCGAGGUGGAGUUCGACAAGGGACCGGAGGGACUCGGUCUGAGUAUCAUCGGCAUGGGGGUGGGCGCCGACGCCGGGCUGGAGAAGCUCGGAAUCUUUGUGAAAACCAUCACCGAGGCCGGCGCGGCGCACAAGGAUGGCAGGAUUCAGGUCAACGAUCAGAUUAUUGAGGUGGACGGCAAGUCUCUGGUGGGCGUCACCCAGGCUUACGCGGCCUCCGUGCUACGGAACGCGGCCGGACACGUCAAGUUCAUGAUCGGACGCGAGAAGGACCCGGAAAACAGCGAGGUGGCCCAGUUGAUCCGCCAGUCGCUCCGCGCUGACAAGGACCGGGAGGAGCGACACAAGGCUCUGCAGAGGGAUUACGAUCAGCAGCAGCGACUACUGGAGCAAAUCACCCACGGGCACCCGCCGUCCUAUCAGGAGGCUACCAACCGUGACGGUUCUCUGGUGGCCGAGACGGAGGUCACUGAGGUCACCACAGAGGUCACAGAGGUCACGGAAGUGACCUCAGCGCCACAGUCCGCUCCGGUGGAGUCGGCCGAACCGAGUCCGACGGAGAUCGAGCUCCAGGCCAAACUGCAACAGGCUCUGGAGAAGCAGCAUUACUACGAAGGUGAAAUCGCAAAGUUAAAAAUGCGGAUCGUGGAGCUGGAGUCGUCUCUGUCCAGCUCCCAGGAGGAGCGGCGACAGCUCAGUGAGGCGCUGGAACGUCUGGCUCCGUACGAGCAGGGCCUGGAGGCGGCUCGUCUGGAGGCCGCCAACCACCACAACUCGCUGCUGGCGCAGCGGCAGGCCACCGAGCAGCUGGAGCGCAAGUAUCAGACGGCCAAGCGGCUGAUAGGCGAGCUGCAGCGGAGAGAGCAGGGCCUACUGCAGCGGGAGGAGCGCCAGAUGGGCAGAGAGAGGGAGUACGAGCAGGCGGUGCAGCAGCUGCACGACCGGCUGCAGCUGCUGGAGCGGCAGCUAGCCGACACGCAGCGGGACGCCGGGCUGCCGGUGCAGCUGCCGGCCGCGCCGCCCGGACGCUGGCCGCCGGCCGUGCGCCGUCCGUCGCCGCCCAGCGCCCCGCUGGAGCGGCUGGACACCUCUGAACUGUCUGACGGGGAGACGGGCCCGCCGCCGCCGGCCGGGCACAGACAGCGCCGCCCAGACACCAGGGAGGAGCUGGACCGGGCCGUGCCACCCCACGAGCUGCUGGACACCUCUGUCAGCCGGAGCAGAGCGCAGCUGGCCAGCAAGGGAGGCCUGUCGCAGCGACACCCGCCCAACCUGAAACGCAACACCAGCAACAGCAGCAGCGGCAGUAUGGAGCAGAGUUUCAACGAGUCGGGCCAGGGUGUCGAGUACCCGGACAUCCUGGUGAACGCCACGCCUCGCAGCUCGCUCCGUCACCAGCACCAGGGCCCGGUGCCGCAGCUGCCGCCGGCCGGCCGGCGCGACUCGGGCCUCCAGCCGCUCGGCAUUCCCAUCCCUCCCUCCGCCAGCCAGCAGUCGCCGCCGCGGCCGGCCGGCCGGGCGCCGAUGCCAGCGCCGCCCCACGGCGGGCCGGCGCAGCUCGAGUCCCUGAGCCCGCCGCGCGGUGGCGGCCGGCCCGAGAUUCCGUACCGGGAGCCUCCGGCGCCGCUGCCGAGUCCGCGGGCAGCCGGACCGCCCGUGCCGCCCGGCGGACUGAGGGAUGACCCGUCGGACCCCCAGGCGGGCAGUCCUUCAAGCGGUGACCAGAAGAUGCCCCGAGGGCUGAUGGAUGAGCUGAGGAACGUGGUGCACGACUCCAGGACCUCGGGACAGUACUCACCCAGUAAACCAGGCGCGUCUUCGGUGUGGCAGGGUCAGCAGUACCCUCCCGGAGAGCUGCCGCCGUCCCGGCCGGCCGCCAGGGACGCCGGAUCUCGAAAACAGCCCGACGCCGGCGGCGUGGUCCUGCUCAGCAAGAGGCCGCUCGACACCAACCUGCCGCCCAACGAUAACAGAGAGGAGGCGUCACCGCCGCGGCCGUCCUCGUCCCACCUGCACGCGGCGGCGUUCUCCCCGUCUGCCGGCGUCUCGGCGGCCGCCGCGCCGUCCGGUCUUACUGCUGAGAAGCGCAGCGGAUCACAUAUCUGGCAGGGAGGGCCCGUGCACGACUGGACCAAAGAGCAGGUGGGCCAGUGGCUGCUGGCGCUCGGUCUGGAGCAGCACAUCACCACAUUCAUGGAACAAAACAUCACCGGCGCCCACCUGCUCACCCUCGACUCCAAACAGUUCAAACAGCUCGGCCUCGAAGGCGACGACAAGGUCAAGGUUAAGAGGAAACUGAAGGAGCUGAAAUCGCAGAUCGCGCGAGACAAGAAACAAGCCGAGAAGGAGAAGAAGGAGAAGGAUAAGCUACAAAAGAAGGCGGAGAAGCUGGUAGAGAAGGCGGUUAAGAAGAAGUGAUCGUAUUGUUAAGCUAAAUGUGUCGAUGCGCAAGCAACAAAGCUGUAUUUGUAGUGAUCGAAGUGUGCGUUUGGUUCACAGUAGGUGACCGACUUCAAACAUUCCGUUAACGGUAGCUGAGUGAUUACGACUGUCCAAAUGUGUGGCGCAGCGUUCUCUGAUGUGAUAUGGACCCGUGCGCCGGCCGUGAGCGUAAUUUAUACUCUGUGCCGUCCUUUCCGUCCUCGUGGGAUCAACUUUCGAAUCACAUUCCCCUUCCUCGAGUGUUCGUGUGUGCUCCGAAGUGCUGUGUGAUAUGGAGCGACGUCUUCAUUCUUGUGAGUGAAAGGCGGCGGAGGGCAGGACGUGACUGCCCACCGCCGCCCCCCCCCCCCCUGACAGUCGGCUGGCCCGGUCUAGUCUUCGCGCUAGCCGGUAUAACAUGCUGGACUCAGUCUGGGCUCGUUUUCUGUGCGGGUGUGGUGCGAUGCUGCGGAAGCCGGGCUUUGGACGGCCCCGGUCGCGCGAGAUGUUUGAGUUGUGCCCGUCCGCGCCGCAACUGGCGAUUUGACGAACCUGCAGAGAUGAAGCGACGCCCUGGAUCGGCUUUGAUGAAUCAGUGGUGCCUUAUAUUUUCACAUGUGCCAAUUUUAUGUAGCUCUUGCUGCUUUGUUACAUUUGUUAAGUGUGCUGAGAGCGUAGUUUGCUUGUGUGAAGUUUUAUGUCUGCCGGGCUGCCGUGCCCUCGGCGGAGGUAACUCAGUGUUUGGUGUUUUAAGGAAAGAAAUAAACAGCUCUCUUUUA